AUGGUUCCGCGUCCUCUCACCUUACUGCGUAUGUAUGAGCUUCGGCCACCAGCAACGAUGGGGUCCUACCGCUGUGCCAUUCCGUCAAUUAUCAGCUUCCACCCCACCCACUACGUCGCAGGGUCUCGCCCGUUCACUGUUCCCAUCGAGCCAAAACGUUCCGAGAGACAGACAAACCGCCGCCGCAACAUCCUGCUAUCACUUCGCAUUGAGUCACGGCCGCGGCCAGGGUCGCCGUCGAAUCACACUUCAAAGAUCCCCUGUGAACGACAUGUGCCCCCGCGCUCUCGACAGGAAACGAGCCGUAUCACUUGGGAUAUCCCGUUGAUCUCACGCGCCAAUGCAUACCGCGAUCCAAGCAGCCGCCGACUCAUCCCACUACCACACCACAAUGUUGACCACCCGCGAAUCCUGCCAAACGAGACUCGGCACCUCAGUGAACCAAUGCAUAGUACCAACCUUAGUAUCCGCAUACCUACAUCUGCCUCUACCAGGACAUACGAAGGACUCAGCCCUGGCAUGGACGGGUCCAUCUUCUUGGCAACCCCAUCAGAUUCUGUCCGAAUGUUUCGAGACCAUCUUAUCCGAUCAUUUCCGCCCAGCCGUCCGUUAUCCUGGAACCUUCCUUUCCGAUUCCUAGCAUGUCACCGAUGGCCCAGUCUGGAACCUGAGCUUCGAUCCUGUUUCCCGUCAACUUUCGAAGAUCUUCGUCCGUAUUUCGCCUGGAGCUUGGGAAAGCUGGUGAACGAUGUACCUGGUCGAUAG